CGCUGAGAGACUUUUACCUGAGGGCGAGUUUCUCUCUCAUUACCGCUCAUAAUUAUCACCAAAAAACUCUCUUUACAUCGACAUGGACUGUCGAAAAGAGGGCUGCGCUCAGCCACAAGACGAGGACAUCAUGGAUAUCCCACUGGACGACCCUACCGCUAACAAGGCUGCUGCUAAGAUCCAGGCCGGCUUCCGGGGUCACAUGACUAGGAAGAAGAUGAAGGAUGACAAGCCAAGAGAAGAGAAACAAAGGGAUAAGAAGAAGUAGCGUGAGAGGACAUCCACUGCUGCCCUGACAGUUUUUCACACAUCAGCGCAAUAACCAGAGGUCAAAGAGAAACUUUCAGUGUAUAAUAUAUACAAGUGUAAACUUAGAAACUAAGCCUGGAUCAGUGACCUUUCACUCCUCCUCUGCUUCUGAUAGAGUUCGGACAGUAGUCCGUGGCGCACGAUAACCCCUCAGCAUGUUAUAUAGCUUCUGUGGAUUAUUGGAUUUUCAAUUAUCGAAUUCAUUCAUCAUGUAUGACUAAUUCAGUGAUUAACAUUUCAGUUAAAGUAGUCUGUCGCUCCUAAUAAGACAAGCAAAAAAUGUGAACUGAUUUUGUUUAUUUAUUUAUUUAUUUCAUUAUUUGUUUUUGGUUUUUUUGGUGCUCAGCCUUCCCUCCGCGCCUGUAUUCUUACAGUAUAGA